AAAGGUAGAGCCAACCAAGUACAGCCAACGCCCACUUCUCCAAAGAAACCAGGAGGACGAGAAAAGCAACGAUCUUUAGCCCCGGACGAGUUAAAGAACAUGCCCCUCUUCAUCAGUAGAUCGGCUGCGGAAGUAAUGGAUUCGGGUUUUGUUCACAGAGCCUGGGAGAAAUGGGCUUCGAACAAUGUUGGCUCUUCUGGUGAGCCAUUGAAGGCGGCUUUGCUCAUAAAUUAUGACCCCAGUGGACCUUCUCGUUUGUUGUCUACCAUUGCAGAACAAGAAGGGAUAAAAGCUGAUCCUAUUGAACUGAGGCAGUUUGUUAAUUUUGUCAAAAGAAACAAAUUCGAAACAGAGAGCUUUGUUAUAGGACUUCAUCAAUAUUUGGUUACAUCAAUUCAUGAGACAUGGUUUUGUGGGAGGUGCAUAAACACGUCAAAACCUGCUGGUGAAGGUGCAAUUGUUUUGCAGACGGAAGCUUUUCUCUUGGUUGCAUUGUAUGAUGGCUCGAUUGGUGCAGCAUCUCGUGCCAUGGCUGCUGUUGAUCAGUUUGCAUGGCAGUUAGGGCGAAGAAAUCUUUAACUCCAUUUUCCCAUACGAUACCAUAGCAAAAUAUGGCAGAAAUCCAUUGCGUCAAAAGCUCAUAUGCUGCUGUAGAAACUUUAUACGCUGUUCGGAAGAUCAUUCGUAAAGGUCCCCUUGAAAACAGACCUCCACAGCUCCACUAGGUGCAGCACUCAUAUCAUAUCUUGAAAGUGCCAUUUCUUCCUCCUGUUGGAAUUUGUGUUAUCAAAUGAUAAUUGUAUUGCUUAGAAAGUUGCUACUUACAUGUUCCAUUUGUCUGGGGUUGCUGAGUGAGGAAACCAGAAUGAUGUUCUAAUAUUGCUGUAAAAGUGUAAAGCAUCCUAAUGCAUUAGGAUGUCAAUGCCUACACAGGUUAAAUUUAUGGUUGGUUUGGUAAACAAUUUGAGAAGUAGCAUAUAUGUAUGUAUAUGCUAGUUUUAAGAUGAUGACGUGACUAUUUGGUUCAAUUUUUACUGGUGGCUAGCA